AUGGCUCCCCGAAUUACCAAGGACGAGCAAGGAGGUAAGAUCGUCUUGGCCUUCUCCUUGAUGCUGGCCUACACAAUCAUAUCAGUCGCCAUACGUCUACAUACUCGAUGGCCGUGGAACAAACUGUUCAAAAGAGAGGACGCUGUGCUCCUGAUAGCAACAGCCGUCACCAUCGGUUACACCGCGACUCUAGCCUUAGCCGUCGAAAACGGAUAUGGAACACGAUACACCGAACGUACGACCGCCCACGUGAGCUUGCCCGACGUAGAGAGGACGAUUUCGGUCAGCUUUGUCCUCUUGUUCCUAGCGGAGGGACUCGGGACGAUAUCAUAUGGUCUUUUCCUCGUGAGUCUGGCGGAGGACGAUGGUGGUCAUCGAGUUGCCUUGGAAGCUGGAUGUUUUCUCGAGGCAGUCUUCACCGGGGUUGCUAUUAUCGUAGCAUCAGUAUAUGCAGCUCGUCGAGAGUCAUUGAGUGCCCCGAUCUGGAUUACCUUUGGAGUCAUACAGGGUGCCAUAUUGCUCCUACUCUUCAGUUCCAUUGCCAGUAUGCUUCUAGUGAGUCGAAUGCAUUGGUGGAAGAAGACCAGAGCGAUCCUGUGGUUUGGGCUUUCGCUUCUCCUGAUAGGAGCAAUCGUCGUUCGACUGACGUUCACACCUGCCAACAUCUUCCACGCCGGAUUCACAGCCGAUACGAUAGACCUACUCAUCAUCAUGAUCGUCGAGAUGCAUUUCCACAUCAUCAACGCAACGUAUCCCAACCUUCUCGUCUUUGCGGAGAAAGCGACCACAGGCUUCAUCAUCAGUGGCGCCCCUCGAAAUGAUUCGAUCACUGCCCUGCCCAGAUCACAGGCCAGCCGCGAUAGCGAGGAGAAGAGGAGCUUCAGUCUUUCGCAGCGGCUCAAAUUCUUGUCUCGCCAUUCACCGGACAAGAGUCAAACACAGAGCAGGAGCAGCGAGACUGAAGCAGGAGGUUCACAAGACAGUGGCUUUGCCGGCGAUUGA